AUGCCUCCAAGAGUCGCCAGACGCAGUACCCGUGUCUCAAGUAGGGAACCGGAAUCAGUAACGACCCGUGAACCUCAGAAUACACUGGUUAGACCUCAGCUACCGACAUUGGAGGGAACUCCAAGUAGUCGGAGACAGUACACAUAUGGCUCCGGUGUUGAGCCACCACGCAGAGUAGGCGCUGGCCUACAGCGCAUGGAUCUGAGCAAUGCUGUGAACCAGGCUCUCACAAGAGGUGGUGACCAACAGGAAGAAUUUGCUCGACCAGCGAAACCGAGACCUGCAGCUACGAGAGCAGAGCAAGAAACAACAUCCAGAAAUACAGAUGCACCAGAACAGACAACAGCAGGCGGCAAUGCACGUUUAGCUGUCGCUGUUAGAGAUGAUGACAGCUCGCGAAGUUUUGGCUUGGAAAGUGACUAUUAUGAUCAUGCGACGAUAGAAUCGGCGACUCCAAACCCGUCACAGGGACCACAAAGGUCAAAGAAUGUGCGUCGACAAAAUUCUGAGACGCGGGAAAAUGCGACCGAUAAGGUUGAUCCGCAGCCAUCACGACCUCGGGAUCGAUUGAAUGCCACAACCCAGCCGAAUGAGACCAGAGUUGAGAGUAGAAGUGAAGGCAGAAAUGCUCGACAGUUGGCAUCCGAUUUCAGUGCUGCUGCACAGAUGUCAAGAAUCAGGGCUGAGCGCGCCACUGACAGUAGGCCAGCGAACACGCCAGCUCUAGACAGAACCCGACAAAACACCAGGCAACAACGGACGCAAAUACCCGAGGAAAUAGGGGAUCCCGAGGAGGAAAAUGAUUCCGAAAGUGAUGAAGAGCCAAUCGCAGCAGUCCGCCGAAGAAGAGCACCACCUGCCAAGAAUACAGGAUUGCCCUCUUUGGGGACUCAGGAGCCUCCCAGCCAGGCCGAUAAACUGAAAGAUCGACGUCCUAAUGGGAGGAAGAAUCUUUUUGGUACAACACCAACGACAAGCUCAAGGACAAGUGCAUUCGAAAGAGCUCGCCAGAAUGGGAAUGGCUCCGGAGAACGCGAUUGGGACAUCCAAAAAGAGCUCUUAGAUUCGGAGGCAAGGGAGGCGAGGACUGCAGCGAUCAAUGGUCGGCGGAAUCAGCAAGAAGAGCAAGACGACGAUUCUGAAGCUGAAUGGGAGAGAAACUUGGAUGAGUACGGCCGCUGGCGAUUUUGGUUCUGGACCAAAUUUGGCUGGCUGACAUCGAUAUGGCCAUUUAAUCUUUGGAACAGACCACAACCUCCACGUUUCAUUUUCGAUGAUGAUGAGGAGUACGACCAAGAUGGCCCUACAGAGUACAUUCGUCUGCUCUACCCCAUGACAUAUGUCCACAGUCUGAAGUGGGCCUUUGACGGGUUUAUGGAUCGAGUCAUCAGCUUCACUGACCGUAUACGUGGCAUACAAGUUGGACGGAUGCGAAACACGACCGCUGAGCGCUUAAUGUGGCUUCUGGCAUUGAGUGCGUUCACAGUCUUUCUACUUACGGGCACUGGAGCGAUGCGAUAUGUCCCAGAUAUUGGUUCUAUGGCAAGGAAUGCUCAUUGGCCAGACACCAGUGGCUUCAGCGUUCCAAACAUUAUCCCUUCGAUCUCCUGGCCCUCGUGGGGCAAAGGCGAUGAUGAUAACCCUUUCGAUGACCCAUGGUCUGCCAUAGACAAGACCAUCCGAGACGGCAACAAGAAGACAGAGGCGCCGAAGAAACCGAAGAAACAAACGACCAUCCACAAGGAAGCUCUCAAGGGACUCGAAAAAGACCUUCCUCCUGUUGUACAGGUGGAUAUUGUCGAUGGUAAUGGAGUUAUCAAGCCAGAAUUCUAUCAUGCUCUUAUAGAUCGCCUCAAGGUCGACGGAAGUUUCCUCAACUUUGAAGAGAAGAAUGGCAACAACGAGAUCUCUUCGGAAAAGCACUGGAAGGCUAUUGUAUCACGCUUUGGCAAAGAUCCCGCCCUUAAAGGCAAGAUCGAUGACACCGUCGAUCGCAGCGUCGAAGAGAAACUACCGAACCUCUGGGAUACUUGGUUCAGAAACAACAACAAUGCGAUUGAGCCGCUUAUUGAGAAGGCGAUGGCGAAAAACCAGAUUGCCGGCUCAGGCGCUGCGUUCGAUCAGAAGCUUAUCAAGAUUGUCAACGAGGAGCUUAGCAAGCAGAACCAGACUGUCGUUUCUCGCGCCGAAUUCCUGGAACAUCUUCAGAGAGAUCUCGAGAAGCACGAGUCCAAAGUCGAAGCCGAGUUCACAAAGCUCAGGACAGACAUGGAGGAUCACAUCAAGGAGUCUAUUCGGACUGCCCAAAUGAUGGCCCCUCAGGCUAUGUCUAGCGAUGACAUCGAAAGACUUAUUCGAAAGAUCAUGCACCAGACUUACACAGACGGCAGUCUCGAAGCUUUCGCAAAGAGCAAUAUUCACGCCCACUGGAACACCCAACUCAAGUAUCAGGUCAACUACUUUGGUCCCGGAGCUGGCGCUACCGUAGAACCAGUAUAUACGUCGCCUGACUGGGAUCCUUGGAACGGCGACAAAAAGGAAGCCGAAAAGCAGGGUCUGAACGGUAUAUUCGCCCAUCCUCCCGUUGAAGCACUCCGCCACUGGCAAGACGAGGGAGAUCGCUGGUGCGGAGCUCACGGCCUUGAUAACCAUGGGCGACCUCAAGGUGUGAUCCUCUCUAUCGAACUAGGCCAUGAAGUCGUCCCCGAAAACAUCGUCAUCGAACAUAUUCACCCGAACGCAACGGUCGACCCUGAUGCCCGACCAAAACGCAUAGAAGUCUUUGCCAGAUACGACGACAGACAGGAAGAAGAGGAGGUUCGCGUCUACUCCCUGAACAAAUUCCCCGACGAGGAUAUCGCAGCUUCUCCUCUACCAGACCGAUUCGUCAAGAUCAGCCAAUUCACCUACCUAGGCGAUGAGCUAAACGAUGGUGUACAUGUUCAUCGCAUCAACGAUGAACUUUCGAGUCUGGGCUAUGCAACUGAUCAUAUCAUCCUUCGAGCUAUGAGCAACUAUGGUGCUAAGGAUCACACUUGUUUUUACAGGGUGAGGUUAUUUGGAAAAGUGGCUGAUAAAUAG